AUGUGGAAGAGACGGGGAGAGGAAAUACACUCAAGUACUGAGACUACUACUGGCACUCUGGCAUCUGCUGCCAAUACCGUUACUAUUCUGCCCUUUUUGCCAUCCACAAUUCCACCAUCUCACCAUCGACUGGCCGCCCUCUCCCAUUUUCACCCGUCUUCCAUCCCCUCUUCAGCCUCUCUUCUCACUCCCAUUCCCUCGAAAGAACCAGCAGCUCUCCCCUUGGCUACACCUCUUCUUACUAAACGCGCCCCUUUGUACAACAACUCAGAUACCCCCCCCCACCCUCCAGCGCUGCUGCUUGGAGCACUCGCCACGCGGUACAAGCUUCCCUCGACUAGCAACGCCAAGCAGCAGCCACCACGCUUUCUUUCGGCAACGGCCAACAGGCUGCUCUGGCUCGACCAUCACUGCUGUCCCUGGCUUGGUCGCCUUGUCUCAUACCAAGGUUUGGUUGUCGAGUAUCUUGACUCCUUCUUCCCGUGUUUGCCAUUCACGGCCGCCAUCCUGCAACCGCACGUCAUUGCAGGCUACCGUCCGUCGCCGCCCGGCUCUGACACUCGACAACAGCGUGGACGCAUCACCACCUACUUGCUCAACGGGCUGCUCGCAAAGCCCCUUCCCCCGCUGCUAACCAGCCUGUCGAGAGAUGGACAAAUGAGUGUUGACGGUGCCCCGAGUGCCCCUGCGCAUGGCCCUGACCCGACGACAAUGUCAUCGCGACGUUCCAGCUAUCCGCUCUCGGCUGCCACCGAAGCCGCCGCUCGCGCCAUGGCUAUCAAUGCCCGCCACGCCGGUCCAGAUGCCGAUGCUGCCGAUCCGUCCGAUACCGUCGCAGUCGCCGACACGGAUGGCGCAUUUGACGGUCAUGUGGCCGUCGACGGUCCUCCAUUGGCCGCUUCCAUCUCCCCACAUCAGCUCCAACUCAACGAAUACCGAGAAAAGCUUGCUCGCGAUCUCGAGCGCCGCGAACUCCAGGCUAGAGGCUUGUUACCUACCACACCCGCCGUCGACAAGAUCCGUGUCGUCCCCAUUCGAGAAGAACCCGGGCUUUCACCGCCCAGCGUCUCCAACCUCAACACAUCGUCUACGGAAUCGGGCAACACCGUCCGCGGUGCCAUAACACCCGCCCUGCUCGCCCGCACACCUUCUUAUCCCUUUCCCAGGAUGGCCUCUACCCCAGGCGCUUUUGGCCCCGGUCAUACAUUCGCCAACAUGGCUAACCCGACCUCUCGCAUCAACAUCGCUAUACCACCUAACGAACCCAGGGCCGUCCUAGAACGCGUCCUCUCCGAAUCCUCGACGCCAGCAUCCGCCUUUUCCUUCAACCCAGCCGGUACUCCCAUGGCCGAGAAUUAUGACUAUCCCAGUCCCGAUCUGUACAACCUCUCUUUGUUGCUUUCAUCCGAACCAGGCUUAGACGCCUGGUGGAAUACCGUUGUCCAGAUAAUGACAGAUGUCUUCCAGGCCGAGCGCGUAACCCUGUCUGUGCCUGCUGAUGCUGCAGAUUUAGAAAAUGUCCCUUGGGGUCAAAAAGCUACCUAUAAUGAACACCAGGAAGACGAGCUCAGUGUCGGUUACAUGGCCAAGGGCAGCAGCGCCGUGCAAAGCAGCGAUGCUGAUGCCGCAGAUACCUUGUUUUCGCUCAACGAUCUCACAUCGCCAGCAGGGUCCCCCUUUCGCCCUGGCCUUAGCAGUCGCCAUUCUUUUACCAGCUACGAAGAGCAAAAUGACCCUUCACCGACAGCACCCCGUCGGCCUACUCAUUUGUCGCGAAGUAAAACCUCGGCGCCAUUUCCCUCGAGAGUCUUGCGGUCCGGUACCCGUCUCGACAAAUCCAAGCUGGAACAGCAUGACGCUCAAGCUCAAGACGACCCCACUAUUCCAAGCUGGGAGAUUCCCUUCCUCGCACGCUAUGAGGGCCAAGGCAGAGUCCACUCCGUUCUGCAGGCCCUCGAUUUCGAGGCUGAUCCGCUCAUCGACCACGCUGGCGUCGUCAGAGUCCUCGAACGAGGCGGCGCUGUUACACUAACAAGGUCGUACCCAUAUCUUGCCCCAGAUGACGAGAAAGAAGAUGCCUCCAGAAUGGCAGCUGCCGAUUCGCUCAAAAAGGCCAAGAUACAUUCCUCGGAAUCAUUAAACAAGCUUUCUUCCAUGCUACCUGCCGCCGCCUUCAAGCCUUCUGGCAAGGGCAAACAGCCUGGCAUAGAUCGCGAGGACGACGAGACUCAGCCUUCUACUCCCAGAUAUGAAGAAUAUGAACAAAUCGCGGCCUCACCCUGGGCACAGUCACCCGCCCCAUCGCCUGCCGUUCGCUCCGACACCGCUGAGAAUCCCUUCUUUGCCGAGGCCACCGUGGACGAAGGAUCCUUUAACCCUGCAGCCGGUGCUGCCGACUAUAACGACAUGCGACCGCCCGCAGCCAUUGGCUUAGACAACUCGUGGACUGUUAUUCAUGUCCCCCUUACUCAUGUUCUGCAGUCAAGGCAAACGCGGCCGUUUAAACUCGACGCGACCAACAUGGAACAGAAAUUACAGGGCCAAAAGCCCGACAGCCCCCAAACCCCUGCUACCGAUGCCAAAAAGAACAAGCCCGCACCCAUCGCCAUUCUGUCCAUCUUGAGUACCGUUACGCCGUACCCGCCUAGCUUGCGCAAGUCGCUAGAGCACCUUUCACCUCACAUGGCCACUUCCUUCUCUCUGGCUCGACACUACACAAAUCUCGAGACGGAGCUUGCAGGCCUUCAAAGGCGGCGCCCUCCCACCACCGGCUUUGGCGCCGUUGCGCCCUACGGACGCUCGUAUGAGAGUACCGCUGCCCUGGCUGCAGCCGAUAUUCUACAACCACGAUCAUCUGGAAGCAUAACCAGCCCUAGCGACUACUCGGCCGUUUCAAGGAGUGCUGCUGACUCUCCAAUUGGUACACCAGGCUGGAAACGCCAGCCCGUGCCCAGUCCAGCCGCUCUUUCAGGCGGGGACAGCUACUUCAGCCUCAAGUCGACGGCAGCUGGUAGGCAAGAAGCCGCUACAGGGCUGCAGAGAGCCAAAUCUUACUCUGUGGAAACCCCGUCAGGUGAUAAGAGAUCCUUGCGGCUUACAAAUAGCAGUGUCAUGCACGAUGCCACAGAAGAGUCUGAAACGGCGCCUGAUGGGCCUGAAGAAGGUGUCGCAGCACAACAUAGAGAUCUUCGUUUGACAAGCAGCAACGAGCCGCUCUUCGAGAUCGGCGAGGUAUCAGUCUCUUCUAGCGUCGAGGAAAGACUCGAAAUGGAGAGACGUGUAUCGCAGCAUCAUCACCAACGCCACCCGCAUACCAUGCUCCAUAGCUAUGGCGCCGACUUUGCUUCCACCUUCCAAUCUCUGCCGCCCAGCUCAAGCUUGAUGAGCCGACCGCCACCCACACCGCUCGUCUCAGGCGUACCGCGUAGCAUGUCGGUUAUUUCCUCGACCGCAGGUGACAUGCCGCCUCCAUCAGACAGACUGAAGAGCCUCAUUCUGGAUUCCCUUCCCGCCCACGUCUUCGUUUCGCUGCCCCAGACCGGCGAGAUUGUUUGGGUCAAUAGCCGUUACCUGUCAUACCGUGGGCAGACAGUCAACGAUCUUACCGCCGACCCCUGGAAAAGCCUUCAUCCUGAUGACCGCGACGAAUAUCUCAAGGACUGGGGGCACUCUCUUCGAACAGGGGAUCAAUUCUCGCGCACUGUUCGUAUUAAGCGAUUUGACGGCGCGUACCGCUGGUUCUAUGCCCGGGCGGUUGCCUCCAAGGACAAGAGAGGUGUCAUUAUGCAAUUCCUUGGCUCAUAUAUGGACAUCCACGACCAACACAUCGCGGAACUCAAGGCUGCACGCCAGGAGGAGAUUGAAGCCUCUGAAGCCAAACACAGAUUGCUCGCAAAUCUUAUCCCACAAAUUAUCUUUACGGCUACGAGAGACGAUGGUGUCACGUUUGCCAAUGAGCAGUGGCUCUCCUACACAGGACAGAGCUUCGAAGACGCUCUUGGACUCGGCUUUAUGGAUUUUGUGCAUGGCGAUGACUUGGAAAAGUGCUGUAUCCCCUUCACCCGGCCUUCUUCUGAAAAUCAUCCACAGAAAGGAGCCAGCAGAGGAAGUGCGGCGGUUUCAAGGUCUGUCCGAUUCGGGCAUAGAAGUACGGCUACUAGCUCCACCUAUCAAAUGCCACGGGCGACUCUGGCCGAGCUCGCAAGAAAGGGCAUCGUUAGAAUCGGCACCGACACCAGUGGUAGAGUAUCGUACACCAUGGAAUUGCGACUACUUUCCAAAAAAGGAGAUUACCGCUGGCAUCUGAUCCGCUGUGUUGAGAUUGACACAAUUGACUUUGGAAGUGGUGCCAGCUCUUACUUUGGAUCGGCGACGGAUAUUAAUGAUCACAAGCUCCUCGAGGCCAAGCUUAAAGAGGCCAUGGAAUCCAAAGGCAGAUUUCUCAGCAACAUGUCCCACGAAAUACGAACACCGCUCAUCGGUAUCUCGGGCAUGGCCAGCUUCUUGCAGGAUACGACGCUGGACGAGGAGCAGCGCGAUUACACAACCACCAUACAAACUAGCGCCAAUAGUCUCAUCAUGAUUAUUAACGACAUUCUCGACUUGUCCAAGGCCGAUGCCGGUAUGAUGAAGCUCAACUUUGAAUGGUUCCGGCCGCGGUCCAUCAUGGAGGAUGUCAACGAGCUCGUGUCCACCAUGGCCAUCGGCAAGGGUCUGGAACUCAACUACCUCGUCGAAGCCGAUGUACCAUUGUGGGUUAAGGGCGACAAGAUUCGGAUUCGACAGGUUCUUCUCAAUGUUGUCGGAAACGCCAUAAAAUUCACCGAGAUUGGGGAGGUUUUUAGUCGCUGCAGGAUUCAUACUGACAUGAAUGGACUGACGGGCGAGCACGAAAUGAUGCUGGAAUUCUCCAUUACCGAUACUGGACGCGGCUUUUCCCAGCAGGAAGCAGAAUUAAUAUUCAAGCCGUUUAGUCAGAUUGACGGAAGCAGCACGCGACAGCACGGCGGCAGUGGUUUGGGUCUCGUUAUCUCCAGGCAGCUUGUUGAGCUGCACGGCGGCAGGUUGGAGGGCACCGCGAUUCCCGGUGAAGGGUCAACAUUUACAUUUACGGCACGAUUCGGCCUGCCGACAUCCGUUGACCAGCCGAAUCUCCCUCAUAGUCCUGGCUCGACAAUAUCGACAUUUUCGCGUCAUGAGUCCGAUGGUGGAUUUAGAGGAUCUCCACAGCUCUCGGCUACAUUGAAACGUCGCAGUACCGAUGAUCCGAGUCCUGGCGAAAGUGCGUCUGCCUCACUUCUAGCCCGUAGCGGCAGCCCUCGUUCGAGUGGCCUCUCCAAACCGGCUGCGAGCGCAGUCGCCUCCGGUCCCCUUGUCGGCGUCAAUCCUGGCCUUGCUCGCUUCAGCGAGGCUGCCAAAGCCAGCGGCCAUGAUAUGAGCCAGAUGAGGUUGGAGAUUCCCGGUCGCGACUCGCCUGGGCGAAGCGCAACCCCCGAUCACCAUGGACGACCACGACCAACUGGCAUUGCGCCGCCUCCUGUUUACUCGAUCCUCAUCAUCUGCCCUCAAUACCACAGCCGCGAAGCAACAGUACAACACAUUGAGAUGACGUUGCCCAAGGAUGUGCCGCACGAAAUCACUGCCCUCCGCACCACUGAAGAGGCCCACCAUUUAAUUGGUGGCGAUGAUCCCGUCACAUUCAGCCACAUUGUCAUCAACUUGGGUUCUGCGGACGCUAUUCUAGCUUUCUUGGAAGAAAUCACGACAUUUCAAACGGUGGAAAAGACUGUCAUUGUGAUUCUAUCCGACUCGUUGCAGCGCACAGCCGUGAUGAAGGCUGCAGUAGGCACCAAGACGGAGCAGACCCUGGCCAGCAACUCUGUCAACUUCAUCUACAAGCCCGUGAAGCCGUCGCGCUUUGCCGUGAUCUUUGACCCGGACAAGCGACGGGACUUGAGUACAGACUGGAACCGAUCCAAUGCGCAGCAGCUUGUUGAGAAGCAGAAAGCGAGCUAUAACGAAAUGUCGAUGCGAAUGGGGCACAAAGGCUACAAGGUGCUGGUGGUCGAGGACAACAAGAUCAACCAAAAGGUUCUUACCAAGUACCUUGAAAAGAUUGGCGUCGAGGUGGAGAUUGCCGAAGACGGAAUCGAGUGCACGGAGCUUGUGUUUAGCAAGCCUCACAAUUACUACUCGCUGAUUCUUGACGGCUACGAGACGUGCCUCGACAUUCGCGCGUGGGAGGACAAGAAUGGCUUUGAACGGCUGCCGGUGAUUGCGUUGUCGGCCAAUGUUAUGUCGGUUGUGGCUGACAAGUGCACGGCGGCCGGGUUCAGCGACUACGUAACGAAACCGGUCGACUUUAUCAGCCUUAGCAAGGCCAUGGUGAAAUAUUUCUCCUAA